GUCCCAAACUGUCUCUACUGUUUACUUAACUACUCAAUAUAUAAAAAAAUCCCACUAUCGCUGGAAGGAAGGGCUCUUCGCACUUUGCACCAACCAGCUAUCGUUAAACCGCGAAGUUGCCUAGAGCAUUGCGAAAGCAACCUAACAACACAAUGUCACAACCCAGACGCUAGAAAGCCUCUUGUGAGCACGGCGAGGCCAGCAUGUCGGGAGGACGUGACAAGCCUGGGUGCGUGGAGGCCUGUAUGGCCGCUCUGCGCACCAAAUAUCGACCAUCUGCAUCAGUUCUGGAGGAGUAUGGAACCUGGAAGCCACCUAACGAAAAUGAGGCUCGGGAGAAAUUCGUACAAGAGCACACACAUCACGAAAUCUUCGACAUGAAAACACCCAUCACCGAGCUGAAGGAGUUCGGCGAGGGCAUCCUGCUGUACUUCUACCUCCUCAAGUACACAGCCAUGCUGUUUGCUGUGCUGGCAAUCUUCCCCGGCAUGCUGCUGAUGGUGUUCAACGGUCUGGGCGGUUGGUACGACAGAGCGGAUAUCGAGCGUACGACACUUGGGAAUUACGGGUUACUGUCGUACAAUGGACGCAGCUCCGAACUCAACAUCACCACCUCCGCUGCGGCGCAUAGAGCUGCCUCCUCCGAGGGCGCCGUGACGGCGCUGUUCCAGUCCACCGUCACUGCCACCCCCGCCCACGUGCACGGCAUGAACAAGCGCUCGCUGCUGGUGGCCAUGACGGUGCUGGACAUGCUGGGCGUCCUGCUGUUCUUCGGCUACUCCGCCUUCAUGAUUUGGUUUGUGCGCGUCACGGCCCGCGCCGCCGACCGCAACACCACCACCAUCAAGGACUACGCGGUGCGGGUGGCGGGGGGGCUGCCGCCGGACACCGGGGAGGAGGCGCUGCAGGAGUACCUGGUGGCAGCGGCGGGGGAGGGGGCGGAGAUUGUGCAGGUGGAGUUGUGUCGCAAGGUGGACUCGCUGCUGGCGCUGGUGCUGGAGCGGGGGGUGGUGGUGCAGCAGCUGGAGCGGGCCAGGGCGGAGCUGCAGCGGACGGCUGAGACCUACCCCAAGGUUCCUGUUGACCUGGAGGUGGAGCUGCUGGCCGCCAAGUUCCGGCUGGACGACCUCAACCAGGCCAUCAAGCAGGAGCAGGCGCUGGCGGAUAAGCACCAGGUAGUGACCGCCUUCGUUACGUUCGCCACUGCGGAGGCGCGCUACCGGGCCAUGGAGGCCCUGCCGCGCAGCCGCAUGCGCCAGCUGCGCAUGCCGGCGGACAAGAAGUUCGACAACAAGGGGGUGGGCAGGGCCGCCAAGCGCCCCGCCGCGCUGGACGUGUCCGCCGCCCCCGAGCCCUCCGACAUCCAGUACGAGAACCUGGAGUACACCAAGCUGCACCGACUUGUGCGCCGGCUGUUCACCAACGCAGCCAAGUACAUCGUCCUCCUGAUCGGCUUCCUGCUGGUCAGCCUGGCCCCCGCACUGCGCAUGGGGCUGUCCUCGUCGGGAUCGGGGCCAUCCAAGGCGGCAUGCGAGGCCAGCUGCACGUACACGGACGCCGCCGGCAACUACGUGCUCAGCGACUCCGCGCGCUCGCUCUACAAGGGCUGCGACUCGCAGGCCGGCACCGGCGCCCUACCCAACAAGCUGGACUGCGAGGAGCAGUCGGUGUGCUACGAGUGCUUCUGCCGGGCGGCACUCAGCGGGGGCCUGUACGGCGAGCUGGUGUACUGCAGCCGCUUCAGCUCGGUGGUGGCGGUGGCCACGUCGGCGCAGGUGCUGGCGGUGCUGGGUAUUGUGGUGGCCAACGCGAUGAUCGAGUACGCCAUCGGCUGGCUGACCCGCCAAGAGAAGCACCACACGCGCAGUCGGCAGGCGGUCAGCAUGGCUCGCGGGCUGUUCAUCACGCAGUUCGUGAACACCGCCUUCAGCAACCUGCUGGCUAACCUCUACCUGCCGGGGCCAGCCAAGAGUGUGUCCGGCUCCUUCCUUGCCGGCUACAUCUUCGCCGGCUCCUACGCCGACACCACCCCCAACUGGUUCCACGACGUGGGUCGACCCAUCGUCAUCUCCAUCGCAGUCAACACAGCCAUCCUGCACAUCAAGGUGCUGUUCCGGUGGUGGUGGCGGCGGCGCUGCGUGUCCAGCCGCUACCGCUGUCUCACGCAGGCGCAGCUGAACAAGGCGUACUCUGGACACGACUUCGAGCUGUCGCUGAAAUACGGCCAGCACCUGUACGUGUUGUUCGUGGUGAUGACCUACUCGGGCGGCAUGCCGGUGAUGUACCUGCUGGCCGCAGUGCACUUCGCCUCCGCAUACUGGAGCGAGAAGUUCGAACUGCUGAGGGUGUGCAAGCGCCCGCUCGCCUACUCCCGCGACCUGGCCGACUACGUGAGCACCACCAUCCCCUUCGCCGCGCUGUGGCACCUCACGCUGGCCACCUGGAUGUACGGGCUGUUCGGGUCGCCCAAGAGCGCGCUCAUCAGCAGCACCUUCAGAAGGGGGCUGGAGUCGGUCAUGAAGACGUUCAAGGGCCUGAUGGCCUCCGCCAGCACCCUCACCCCGGCGCUGGUGGCGUGGCGCUUCAUCGAGAACAGCACCGCGCACCUCUUCAUCGCGCUCAUAGCCUGCUCGGGGGCGCUGUUCGUGUUCUUCACGCUGUCGGGCUGGCUGGCGGCCAUGCGCUGGUUCGCCUCCUCGCUGGGUCUCACCAAGGACAGCGGCACCCGAGGGGAGGUGGAGUACACCUCCGUGCCCGAGUUCGGAGUGGCGGUGCGCAGCCAGCUGCUGCUGGGGCCCGCCACCUACAGCGUGCAGCAGAACCCCAUGUACGCACACGCGUUCGUGCGCAUGGACGACUUCGACUGGGGCGCCGACCCGCGGGGCUUCACCACCCGGGCUUUCCAACAGCAGCAGCAGGCGGAGGCUGGGGAUGCGGCGCAGGGGAUGGGAGGGGGAGGAGGAGAGGGAGGAGGGAGUGGGACUGGGAGGCAGAGUAAGAGGAAGCGUACGGCGGCGGGGAGGUUGAGGGCGAAGAGGCAGGCGGAGGCGGCUGCGGCGGCGGGUUGGGCGGCGGAGGAGAGGGUGAAUAACAGGUACCCGCCGGCGUUGGGGGUGGCACCGGCGCUGCCGUCAUUUGGAAGGAAUAAGGUGGCGCCGGUGCCGCUGUCACCGUAAGGGACGACGGCACGCGAGGGGCGUGUGACAGGGCUUGGAGGUGCACGGAGGGGUGGGGGGCGGAGGUGGCACCACAGGGCUGCUCAGCGCUGUUGUGCUUUGGGACUGUUGGAAGAGGAGAGAGGGCCAGGAAGGAACUCCCCAGCAGUAGCCAUGGUGGUGCUGCUGCUGUUGGUGUGAGUAGUCCCUCCUGUAAUCAAAACGUAUGGAAUAAAGAUGUCUCGGCAUUGUGUAGACGUGAAGGCGCGGAAAGGAACGGCUGGUUGUAGAAACAAGGUACUUAUCGGUUACAUUAUCGGCUUUGCAGGAUUCGUGUCUGAAUUGGUGGCGGAUCAGAGGCGGUGGAACUGUUGCGAUGUGAUGUGAUCUCCGCAUGCGCUGGCGUACGGCAGUUAGGACGUUGUACGCGGUGUACGGCAGUAACAGCUAUGUAGGUCGUGAUUUCCUGCCUUGUCUUCCCUUCCUCGUGAUCGUGAUACGGCUAUUCGGAACUGAGUUGCGAUGAUGUGGUGAUUGCUGCUCUGACAUUCGUGACAUGGAUUGAACCGUAUUUGAAACUAGGUCAUGGAACUUGAGAUCAUUAUGAAGACUCCUAAUAAGAGAUCAACUGGUUUUAGGAGUUAUUACGUCAUGCUACUGGGCCUUUCGUAUUGUUCAUGCGUUCAGGACAUGUGUGGUUGCGGUGCGUGCGUGGGUGGGUAGGUGCGCAUUGGGCGCCGCAUCAGUCAUCAUGCCACCAGAUGAGCUGGCUGCCUCCUCUGGCAGGGAGCUGCCCUCCCGGGGUCGGAUUGCACACGGUGUGCAUGCAUGCAGCAUGCUUGGUUAGCAGUGGUGUCGGGUCGGUUAACUUGGGGCGGGAUGAGCUGAUAGCGCGUGCUAACGCCGCCGGUUUGCGUGUUCGCGAUCUUGCUAUCGAAUAUGAAGUGUAUUACUUCCCCGACCUUUCCGGAGGGUAUUGUUACCGGUAGGCGACAAGGCAGUUGUACGAAGCGAGUGAUUACAUUUCUUCCUUGAGUCCGUGUCAACGUCAGGGUUCGGAGCUGCUGCUGUGCUGUCCGAUGGUACGCUAGGACACAUGCAGCCGUGCUGCCUCGGGCGCUGUCUGCAGAGCGAGGGAGAAUGCCUGCAGGGGCGUGCGUUGAGGGCAGGCAGCCAUGUCUUCCGCACGGGCACCUCUCCGAGGGUUGCAAUGGACUACAGCAGUGACGUGAAGAUUGUUGGUUUAGGAGACCGGGGGCCUCGGUACGUAACAACACCUCGAAGGAUGAUUGGCGUGCUUUUCUGCCGUAGGAAGCUUGGACAAGGAUGAAUGGAAAUAUUGGUGAUCAAUGCUGGACUCAAUUGCACUGUCUUGUUCACUGUCGUUACGGUAUUUGGGACCGCAGGCGUUAGAGCGAUGACGGUUGGAUUGGAGUAGGGGCCUUAUAAUUGCUGUUGAGCUUGGCAUCUUACACCAGGGUGCCAGGAGGUGCCAGGAGGCAGUAUUGGGAUGCUAUUUCACUCUCGGAGGAGGCCGAAGCAUGCAAGGUGUGCAUGCCCUGUACUCGCAGUGAUUAGUUGUGAAGGUACGAGGUCCGCUGUUCUUGUGGAAAGUGACAGGCAACCUGAGUUAGGUAUGGGGCAUGUGUCAUGCCAGCAGCACUCCUAAACUGCAUCGCCGCUCUGCCAUGUGGGAGUGAAUCAACGGGAGCUGGGAGCUGUUUCUUUCCUUCCUGUGGAUCUUACUCUUAAGCAACAGUGGAUAGUGAUUGAUAUGUUGGCAGGGAACAUGGGGGGCUGUUAGUGGAUGGCCUUGCCCCUCAAAUGCACCCACCGGUAUUGCCGCACUCAAUUGUUGUACACACACAUCCAAUUUGAAGUGAACUGAUGUCCCGAGAGUGACUCUGUUGGCACGCCUGGGUCCUCCGCGGGUGGUGCCGUGCUGCCAUGGACGUUGCUGGUGUGCUGCAUAAGGCAGCUUAACGUGUAUAAUAUAUUAUCCUGAA